AUGGGAGGCUAUAAACCGGCCGCUGGUGCGAGGCUGGGGUGGGGCUCGCUGUUCGGCUGCUUCGGCAGCAGCUCCCACGGCAGGAGGAAGAAGGCCAAGGGCGGCGGCGGGAAGAAGAAGAAGAGCAAGCAGCAGAAGGUGGCUGCCGCGGCAGGUAGCAGCGGCAGCGGCAGGCCGCGGUCGCUGCAGAGCCGGAUGUCGUUCACGGAGCUGAGCCUGAGCGGGAUGGUGUCGCCCGAGGACCUGUCGCUGUCGCUCGUCGGCUCCAACCUCCACGUCUUCACCAUCGCCGAGCUGCGCGCCGUCACCCGGGACUUCUCCAUGACAAACUUCAUCGGUGAGGGCGGGUUCGGCCCCGUCUACAAGGGCUACGUCGACGACAAGACCAAGCCGGGACUCGCCGCGCAGUCCGUCGCCGUCAAGCUGCUCGACCUCGAGGGCGGACAAGGCCACACCGAAUGGCUGACGGAAGUGUUCUUCCUGGGGCAACUGAGGCACCCUCACCUGGUGAAGCUGAUCGGCUACUGCUACGAGGACGAGCACAGGCUGCUCGUCUACGAGUUCAUGACCAGGGUCAGCCUGGAGAAGCAUCUCUUCAAAAAAUACGCUGCGUCGUUGCCAUGGUCAACACGGCUGAAGAUCGCCAUUGGCGCUGCCAAAGGGUUGGCCUUCCUCCAUGAAGCCGAGAAGCCGGUCAUCUACAGGGACUUCAAGACCUCCAACAUCCUGCUGGACUCGGAUUACAAGGCGAAGCUGUCGGAUUUCGGUCUGGCCAAGGACGGGCCGGAGGACGACGAGACGCACGUGUCGACGCGAGUCAUGGGGACGCAGGGCUACGCGGCGCCGGAGUACAUCAUGACGGGCCACCUGACGGCGAAGAGCGACGUGUACGGCUUCGGCGUGGUGCUGCUGGAGCUGCUGUCGGGGCGGAAGGCGGUGGACAAGAGCCGGCCCGCGCGGGAGCAGAGCCUGGUGGAGUGGGCGCGGCCGUACCUGACGGACGCGCGCCGCCUGGACCGCGUCAUGGACCCCGCCCUGGCGGGCCAGUACUCCAGCCGCGCCGCGCACAAGGCCGCCGCCGUCGCGCACCAGUGCGUCGCGCUCAACCCAAAGUCCCGCCCCCACAUGUCCGCCGUCGUCGACGCGCUCGAGCCGCUCCUCGCGCUCGAUGACUGCAUUGUCGGGCCCUUCGUCUACGUCGCGCCGCCGGAGACGAUCACCAACGGGGACGAAGCGGCGGUGGGUAAGGGAGGGUCUGGCAGACGAGGAGGCCGGAGGAGGUCGUCAGGCGAAGGCGCGGCGGCCGUCGUGCGGCCGGAGGAGUGA